AUGGGAGAAGAUGAUCAGAAAGAAUUGCAACUACUCCCUUCACUCUCUUCAACACAUCUGUCUGCCUUGACGUCGGGUUCUUCCGGCAGGUCCUCAUCAACAGCCUCUGAAUCUUUCCAUGGAUCACUUGACCUGCAGCUGUCCAUGAGCCUUCGACCCUUUCGACGGCCAUCUGAUAGGAUAUUGGCAGGACCCCUCCGUGAGCAUGAUCUUAACACAGACACCAACUUUAGCUGUGUUGAGGUUAUGAAGUGGCAGGCUGCUGAGCAAAUUCGAUUGGCUACCAUGGAAAAGGCUUAUGCAGACCGAGUGAGGGAGCUAACGAGGCAGGAGAUGGAAUUGGCACAAUCAGAAUUCGCACGGGCAAGACAGAUGUGGGAGAGAGCCCAGGAAGCAGUGGAGAAGGCUGAGAGAAUGAAGGAGAAUGCAACCCACCAGAUAGGCACUACGUGCAUGGAAAUCACUUGCCAUGCUUGCCGGCAGCGGUUCCGACCUUAACUGUCAAGG